AUGGGGGAGAUGGAAGCCAUAGCUUCCCUCCCCCAGUGUGGGGCAGUGCUGGUCAAUGCAGCACUUCAUUGGCCACACUGCAGCCCAGAAGAGAAGCUGCAGCUGAUGCUUUCAGUUCUACUGGUUACAGGAUGUACGUCAAACCAGUUUCGGUGUUCCAGUGGUCACUGUAUUUCAUUAAGUUGGCGGUGCGAUGGGGCUGCAGAUUGUACUGAUAACUCAGAUGAACUUGGCUGUCCGCCACGGUCUUGUGCAGCAAAUCAGUUUCGGUGUGCAGACGGAGAUUGCAUCACUCAGUCCUGGGUCUGUGAUAACGAGGAAGACUGUGAUGAUGGCUCUGAUGAACUUCACUGUCCUGGAAGAACUUGCUCUGCUCAGCAGUUCACAUGCACUACCGGUCAGUGUAUCCCGGGGAUGUACAAGUGUGAUCGAAUGAAAGACUGCGCAGAUGGCAGUGAUGAACGCAACUGCCAGUAUCCUGUGUGCAGCCAGCUUUCCUGUGCCAAUGGAGCCUGUUUCAACUCGAGUCAGCGAUGUGAUGGGACCGUCAACUGCAGGGAUGCUUCAGAUGAAGCCAAUUGCACACAGAAAUGCCCGAGCACCCAGUUCCAGUGCGCAAAUGAUGACUGUAUCCCCCGAGAUUUCAUCUGUGACCAUGAUGAUGACUGCGGAGAUAGAAGCGAUGAAAAAAAUUGCACUUACCCAACCUGUAAAGGAGAUUACUUCACAUGUCCUAGCGGUCGCUGCAUACACCAGAGUUGGAUUUGUGAUGGGGACGAUGACUGUGAUGACAAUGCAGAUGAAAAUGAAUGCGAAAGUGGUUUAAGAGCGUGUGGCCCUGGGGAGUGGGCGUGUCCUACAUCUGGGCUGUGUAUUCCAUUAGAUAAAGUCUGCGAUGGGACUAGUCACUGCCAAUUUGGAGAAGAUGAAAAUAACGCAACUGCUGGAAGGAAUUGCAGUACACUUAACUGUGCAGCUCUGAGCUGUCCGUAUCAAUGUCAUUCUUCUCCAACUGGUGGUUUUUGUUAUUGUCCAGCCGGAUAUGUAAUCAGCUCUAAUGACAGCCGGACAUGUGUAGAUUAUAAUGAUUGCCAAAUAUGGGGCAUAUGUGACCAGCUUUGUGAGGACCGUAUAGGUAGUCAUCGCUGUAGCUGUGUGGAAGGAUACAUCUUGGAGCAUAAUAAGCACUGCAGAGCCAACACUUCCCGAGGUGCGCCAUCGAUUAUCUUCUCCAAUGGGCGCAAUUUGCUAAUUGGUGACAUCCAUGGUAACAGCUAUCGUACCUUAGUGCAGUCACAGAAUCGGGGUAUUGCUGUAGGAGUAGAUUUUCAUUUUCGCUUGAAUCGAAUCUUUUGGACAGACACCGUACAAAACAAGGUAUUUUCUGUUGAUAUUAGUGGUUCGGAUGUUCGGCAAGUCCUAAAUGUUUCGGUGGACUCACCUGAAAACUUAGCUGUUGACUGGAUUGGCAAUAAACUUUAUGUGGUUGAAACAAGCGUCAACAGGAUUGAUAUGGUCGAUCUGGAUGGACAGAAUCGGAUAACCCUAAUAGCCGAAGACUUGGGUAACCCAAGAGGAAUUGCAGUUGAUCCAACAGUUGGGUAUUUAUUUUUCUCGGACUGGGAUAGUGUUUCUGGAGAGCCCAAACUGGAAAGGGCAUUUAUGGAUGGCACAAAUCGCCAUGAUUUAAUUAAAACAAAAUUGGGAUGGCCAGCUGGCAUUACCCUGGACAUUGUGCCAAAGAGAUUGUAUUGGCUGGAUAGCCGCUAUGACUAUAUAGAAACUGUGACCUACGAUGGUCUGCAAAGGAAAACAAUAGUACAUGGAGGGGCUAUUAUUCCACACCCAUUUGGAAUCAGUAUUUUUGAGCAUUUUGUGUAUUUUACUGACUGGACCAAACUCGGCGUGCUGAAGGCCAAUAAAUUUAAAGACAACGCAACCUAUCCGGUCUUUAGUGUGUCACAGAGGCCAUAUGGAAUCACUGUGUAUCACUCUGCCAGGCAGCCGUAUGUGCCGAACCCUUGUGGAAACAAUAAUGGCGGGUGUGAGCAGAUAUGUGUUCUCAGUCACAGAACAGACAAUGACGGGCUUGGAUAUAGAUGCCGUUGCAGGCUGGGGUUUGAUUUAGAUCAACAUGGACGCCGCUGCAUUGGUGUACAGAAGUUCCUGCUCUUUUCAUCCCAACUGGCAGUGCGUGGAAUUCCAUUUAACCUCUCCACACAGGAGGAUGUAAUCAUUCCCAUCACAGGAGUCCCCUCCUAUUUUGUAGGAAUAGAUUUUGAUGCUCAAGAUAACAGUAUAUUCUAUUCAGACACUGCAAAAGACAUGAUCUACAAGCAAAAGCUAGAUGGGUCAGUUAAAGAACUUCUCACAGCCAAUAGGGUGGAAGGGGUGGAAGACCUGGCUUUUGACUGGAUCUCCAAGAACCUCUAUUGGACGGACCCGCGCUAUAGGAGCAUCAGUGUUAUGAGGCUGGCAGAUAAAUCUAGAAGAGCCAUAAUCCAGAACUUAAAUCAACCUCGCUCAAUCGUGGUACAUCCAAUGAUGGGGUUUCUUUAUUGGACUGAUUGGUACCGUCCUGCUAAAAUCAUGAGGUCUUGGUGUGAUGGAUCACAUGCGUCACCAAUUGUCAAUGCCAGUCUUGGAUGGCCAAAUGGUUUAGCUAUGGAUUGGAGUGCAAUGAGAAUAUUUUGGGUGGAUGCGUUUUUCGAUAAAGUCGAACACAGCAACUUUGAUGGUUCGGACAGACAAACGCUUAGCAGAAUAACACAGAUGACUCACCCAUUUGGUCUUACUAUCUACGGAGGCUAUGCGUACAUAACUGACUGGAGACUGAAAGCAAUUGUGCGUGUCAGAAAAUAUGAUGGAGGAGAGAUGACCAUUAUUCGCAGAGGAAUAAAUAACAUUGCGCAUGUCAAAUCAUUUGAUGCAGGUAUCCAGACAGGGUUCAAUCAUUGCAACAGAGCAGCAAAUCCAAACGGAGAUUGCAGUCACUUUUGUUUCCCAGUCCCUAAUUUACAGAGGGUUUGUGGCUGCCCGUAUGGGAUGAAGCUGCAACCUAAUCAAAUCUCAUGUGUGGAAGAUCCAUCGGGGGAACCCCCAACAAUGCAAUGUGGAGUUUAUUCAUUUGCCUGUGCUAAUGGCAAGUGUGUGUCUGGUUAUUACCGCUGUGAUGGCGUGGAUGACUGUCACGACAACAGUGAUGAACAGGGUUGUGGAUCACAAAAUAUCACAUGUUCCUCCAGAGCUUAUACAUGCAGCAAUGGACAGUGCAUACCACGGAAUUGGCAAUGUGAUAGGCACAAUGACUGCAUAGAUGGAAGUGAUGAGCGGAACUGUCCGACUCAGGGACCUCGAUCAUGUCCUGCCACCUCUUACACCUGUAAUAAUAACAACUGCAUUCCUCGCAUAUGGGUCUGUGACACAGAUAAUGACUGCGGCGAUGGAUCAGAUGAGUUGAACUGCAAUUUCACGGGGACCUGUGAGCCAGGCCAGUUCCAGUGUCCAGAUCAUCGCUGCAUUGAUGCGCUUUAUGUUUGUGAUGGGGAUCAGGAUUGCGUUGAUGGCUCUGAUGAAAGAAACUGCGUUUACAAUUGCACAUCCUCACAAUUUGCCUGUGUGAGUGGCAAGCAGUGUAUCAGCAGCUUCUACCAGUGUGAUGGCGUCUUCGAUUGCAAUGAUCACUCUGACGAAUCGAACUGUCCAACAAGGCCAGCAGGGAUGUGUCAUCAACAUGAAUUCCAGUGUCAGUCCGACGGGACUUGUAUCCCCUCAAACUGGGAAUGUGAUGGUCACCCGGAUUGUGUUGAUGGCUCAGAUGAGCAUCACAGUUGUCCAGUUAGAACCUGCUCUCCCUCCCAAUUCCAGUGUGACAAUGGAAACUGCAUUUUUCGGGCUUGGAUCUGCGAUGGAGAUAAUGAUUGCCGGGACAUGAGUGAUGAGAAAGACUGCCCAACUCCACCUUUCAGCUGCCCUAGCAGUCAGUGGCAGUGCCCGGGCCUCAGUGUCUGUGUCAACAUCAGCAAAGUAUGUGAUAACACGCCUGACUGUCCCAAUGGGGCGGAUGAGUCUCCGCUUUGCAACAAAGAGAGUUGUGCCGACAGCAAUGGCGGUUGCACACAAGACUGCAUUCAGGGACCUUUCGGAGCUCAAUGCAUCUGCCGAAUGGGAUACCAGCUUUUAAAUGACUCUAAGACAUGUGAAGAUAUCAACGAGUGCCUCUCUCCGGGGUCUUGCAGUCAAACCUGUAAUAAUGAAAGGGGAUCGUUCAGGUGUUACUGUGAUGAGGGUUAUAUUUUGGAACCCAAUGGAAGAACAUGUAAAGCUUCAGAAUUUGGGAAUCUACUGCUGCUGGUGGCGAGUCGUAACCAGAUUGUCGCUGACAAUAUCACCACACAAGCUCACAACAUUUACUCAGUGAUCCGAGAUGGACGCAAUAUAGUCGCCAUAGACUUUGAUUCAGUCACUAAUCGAAUUUAUUGGUCUGACACGACACAGGACAGAAUAUGGAGUGCUUAUGUCAACGGAACAGACAGAAAAGUUAUAUUUGACAGCGGUGUUACCGUAACGGAAAGCCUUGCUGUAGACUGGGUGGGCCGAAACCUUUACUGGACGGACUAUGUCUUGGAAACUAUCGAAGUCUCUAAACUUGAUGGGACCCACAGGACUGUUCUCAUUAGUGAAAAUGUGACAAACCCUCGAGGACUUGUGUUAGAUCCUAGAACAGAUGCUCGCGUGAUGUUUUGGACUGACUGGGGCAGAAAUCCCAGGAUUGAGAGAGCCAGUAUGGAUGGAGCCUUGCGAACAGUUAUCAUUUCAGAGAAAAUAUAUUGGCCCAAUGGGCUAACUAUUGACUAUCCAACAAAGCGCCUCUAUUUUGCUGAUGCCUAUCUUGACUACAUUGAUUUUUGUGAUUACAAUGGGAAAAACAGAAGGCAAGCCUUGGCUAGUGACUUGGUGCUACAACACCCACAUGCAAUUGCCAUAUUUGAAGAUUACAUUUAUUGGAGUGAUCGACACACCAACCGGGUCAUUCGUGCCAAUAAGUGGCAUGGCGGCAACCAAACAGUCAUGAUUUAUAACAUCCAGCAGCCUAUGGGCAUCUCAGCAGUUCAUCCUGUUAAACAGCCUAGAGGUGAAAAUCCAUGUGCAUCAAACCCUUGCAGCCAUCUAUGUUUAUUGUCAUCAAAUUCCUCCAAAUUUUAUUCUUGUUCCUGCCCGUCAGGGUGGUCAUUAGCUGCUGAUGCGGUAAACUGCCAAAGAGAUGAAAAGCCUUUUCUCAUUGUGAUAAGAGAUAACAUCAUUUAUGGGAUGUCUCUUGAUCCACUGGAGAAGACCAAUGAUGCAAUGGUACCAAUAGCUGGCAUCCGGAAUGGGUAUGACGUGGAGUUUGACGAUUCAGAGCAAAUGAUCUACUGGAUUGAAUAUCCUGGUGAAAUUCACAGAGUUAAGUCAGAUGGGACUAACAGGACAGAUUUUGCUUCUGCAACUAUCAUGGGCACUCCUGUUGGCUUGGCAUUAGACUGGAUCACAGGAAACCUGUAUUACACAAAUCCAGCAACUCAAUCAAUCGAGGUUUUAAAGCUGCAUGGAGAAGUAAAGUACAGGAAGACUGUUAUUACGAAUGAUGGAACCCCACAGGGUGCAGGAAGACCUCUUGGAAUAGCUGUUGACCCAGUUAAAGGAAAGAUGUAUUGGACUGAUCAAGGGACGGAAGGUGGAGUACCGCCAAAGAUUGCCAGUGCUGAUAUGGAUGGAACAAAUUCAGUGAUCUUACUCAAUAAUGGUCUUGACCAUGUUGAGUUUAUCACCAUUGACAUCGCUGAGCAAAAACUUUACUGGGCAGUUACUGGCAGUGGAGUGAUUGAAAGAGCAAAUGUGGAUGGUAGAAACCGGAUUACUGUGGUGCAGCACCUCUCGCACCCCUGGGGAAUAGCCGUCCAUGAGAACUUCCUGUAUUAUACGGAUCGUGACUAUGAAGCCAUUGAGAGGGUGGAUAAGUCCACAGGGUCAAACAGAGUUGUGCUGAGAGACAAUAUUUCAGGGCUUAAGUGUCUACGUGUCCACUACAGAGACACAACGUCUGGUUCUUCUAAUGGCUGCAGCAAUAAUCCUGACAGCUGUGAGCAGCUGUGUCUGCCCAAGCCUGAUGGCAAGUUCUCUUGUGCCUGCACCACUGGAUUCAGCCUGAGCGCUGACAACAAGACGUGCACCCCGUACAACUCCUUCAUAGUAGUGUCCAUGCUGUCAGCAAUCAAGGCCUUCAGCUUAGAAUCCGCAGAUCACUCUGAAGCCAUGACGCCAAUAGCCGGGCGCGGACGUAAUGCUCUCCAUGUCGAUGUCCACGUGCCAUCUGGUUUCAUUUACUGGUGUGACUUCAGCAGUACAGUGGCAGCUUACAAUGGGAUCCGGCGUGUGAAACCCAAUGGAUCCUAUUUAAGAAAUGUUAUAUCAAGUGGUAUUGGGAGAAAUGGGAUCCGAGGGAUUGCUGUUGACUGGGUUGCAGGAAAUCUCUACUUCACCAAUGCUUUCCUGACAGAAACCUUCAUCGAAGUUGUUCGUCUCAACAUUUCAUACCACCGCCGUGUCCUUCUGAAAACUAUGGUGGAUAUGCCCAGGCAUAUUGUGGUAGACCCCAAGAACAGAUACCUGUUUUGGGCAGAUUAUGGACAAAAUCCCAAAAUUGAACGUGCCUUCCUGGAUUGUACAAACAGAACAGUUCUGGUGUCUGAGGGUAUUGUUACACCGCGAGGAUUAGCCGUGGACCGCAAGGAUGGUUAUGUUUAUUGGGUAGAUGACUCUUUGGAUAUGAUUGCUAGAGUUCGACCAGAAGGCGGUGAGACAGAAAUCGUACGAUACGGCAACCGUUAUCCAACGCCUUAUGGAAUUACUGUUUUUGACAACAACAUUAUCUGGGUGGAUAGAAACUUAAAAAAGGUAUUUAAAGCCAGUAAGGAACCUGGCAACACUGAGCAGCCAACUGUUCUCAGGGACAAUAUUAAUCUCCUUAGAGAUGUUACCGUGUUUGACAGAAGUUUUCAGCCAGUUUCACCCCAGGACAUUAACAACAAUCCUUGCCUGGUGAAUAAUGGAGGGUGUUCACAUUUUUGCUUUGCUUUGCCUGGCACGCAGACACGAAAGUGCGGUUGUGCCUUUGGGGCACUAGGAAGUGAUGGAACAAGAUGUGUGAUUUCCACAAACGACUACUUGAUCUAUGCCCUUGAGGGAUCCAUUAACAGUUUACUCUUGGACCCAGAGAAUCACAGUCCACCUUUUCCCAGGGUGAAUGUUCCUAGGACGUCAGUGGCUCUGGAUUAUGACAGUUUAGAUAACAGGGUGUACUAUACCCGGAGUGCUGGAGCUGGACGUAGCCAAAUUCGGUACUUCAGCCCCUUGGAUAUUACUCAACACACAACUGUGGCAUCAGAUUUAGGAGCUCCAGAUGGGAUAGCGUUUGACUGGAUCCAUAAAAGGGUUUAUUACAGUGACUACCUCAACCAGACCAUUAGCUCUAUGGCAUUGAACGGGUCUGAUCGUACUGUGAUUGCUCGUGUACCAAGGCCCAGAGCCAUCAUGCUGGAUCCUUGCAGAGGGUAUAUGUAUUGGACUGACUGGGGCUCCAAUGCUAAGAUAGAAAGAGCUACACUAGGAGGAAAUUUCCGCACAGUCAUUGUAAACACUAGCCUGGUAUGGCCGAAUGGACUUACCCUUGACUACGAUGAAGAGCGGCUUUAUUGGGCUGAUGCAAGUUUACAGAAGAUAGAACGUUGCUCUUUAAAUGGCACAAACCGAGAAGUCGUCAUUAGCACGGCGAUUUAUCCUUUUGCUAUGACACUGUAUGAUCAGCACAUUUAUUGGAGUGACUGGAAUACAAGGAGUAUUUACCGGGCCAAUAAACACGAUGGCUCAGAUCAGAUUGUCAUGAUCCAGAACCUGCCCCAGCGUCCAAUGGAUAUUCACAUCUUGUCUAGAAGCAAGCAGCAGCAGUGUGCCAGCCCCUGUGAUCAGUUCAAUGGUGGAUGCAGUCACAUCUGUGCACCAGGUCCAAAUGGAGCGGAAUGCCAGUGUCCUUCAGUUGGCAGCUGGUAUUUGGCAAACAAUAACAAGGAUUGUAUUGUAGACAAUUCAACAAGGUGUCAAAGUGGGCAGUUCACCUGUCUUAAUGGCCGCUGUAUUCCAGAAAGGUGGAAAUGUGACAAUGACAAUGACUGCCGGGACAGAAGUGAUGAACUGGAACGUGUAUGUGCUUUUCAUACCUGCUCCCCGACAGCGUUCACCUGUGGCAAUGGGAAAUGCGUUCCCUACAGCUACCGCUGUGAUCAUUACAAUGACUGUGGAGAUAACAGCGAUGAGGCCGGUUGUCUGUUCAGGAUUUGUGACCCAAACACUGAAUUUUCCUGUAAUAAUGGCAGAUGCAUCUCACGCUCAUAUGUCUGCAAUGGAGUCAACAACUGCUAUGACAACGGCACAUCUGACGAGCGGAAUUGUCCCGAUCGCACAUGUCAGUCUGGCUACACCAAAUGUCAGAGCACUAACAUCUGCAUUCCUCGUACUUAUCUCUGUGAUGGAGAUAAUGACUGCGGUGAUAUGAGUGAUGAAAGCCCCACUCACUGUGCUACUCUGACUUGUACAGAAAGUGAAUUCCGAUGUUCCUUUGGACGUUGUAUUCCUGGUCACUGGUAUUGUGAUCAGGGAGUGGAUUGUGCGGAUGGCUCGGAUGAACCAGCGUCUUGUGUGUCCCAUGUGCGAACAUGCUCAAGUGACCAAUUCAGGUGUGAUGAUGCUCGUUGUAUCCCGGCAACGUGGGUUUGCGAUGGCGAUAAUGACUGUGGUGACAUGAGCGAUGAGGACCAGCGACAUAACUGCGCCAGCCGCAGUUGCGCUCCUACAGAAUUCACCUGUAUAAACAACAAACCUCCGGACAGAAGGUGUAUUCCACAGGCUUGGGUCUGCGAUGGAGAUUCAGACUGCUCUGAUGCAUAUGAUGAGCAUCAGAACUGUACAAGGCGUUCCUGCUCAAGCUCUGAAUUCAGCUGUAGUAAUGGCCUCUGCAUACGAAAUAGCUUUAGGUGUGACAGGCGCAAUGACUGUGGAGACAGCAGUGAUGAAAGAGGAUGCAGCUACCCAACCUGCCAGCAGCAGCAGUUCACCUGUCAGAAUGGCCGCUGUAUUACCAGGGCCUAUGUCUGUGAUGGAGACAAUGACUGCGGUGAUGAGUCUGAUGAGCUGGAACAUAUGUGCAGCACCCCAGAAGCAACCUGUGCUCCGCACUUUUUUAAAUGUGACAAUGGCCACUGUAUUGAAGCUAUCAAAGUCUGCAACCGAAUAGAUGAAUGUUCCGACAACAGCGAUGAGAAAGGAUGUGGCAUUAAUGAGUGCAGUGAUCCCUCAAUUAGCGGCUGUGAUCAUAACUGUACAGAUACACAAACCAGUUUCUUCUGUUCCUGCAGAGCGGGAUAUAGGCUCAUGUCUGAUAAACGGACCUGUGAUGAUGUAGACGAGUGUACUGAAUUCCCUACUUUAUGCAGUCAAAUCUGUGAGAACACUGCUGGUUCCUAUAUUUGCAAGUGUUCUCCUGGCUAUAUUCGGGAACCUGAUGGAAAAAGCUGCCGUCAAAAUAGCAACAUUGCCCCAUACCUUAUAUUUAGCAACCGGUAUUACCUGAGAAACCUGACGGUGGAUGGUCAGUCUUACGCUCUUAUUCUACAAGGUCUGAGCAAUGUGGUGGCACUGGACUUCGAUCGGGUGGAAGCGAGACUGUAUUGGAUUGAUGUUGGAAGGAGAGUUAUUGAGAGAAUGUUCCUUAAUGGAACCAACAAAGAGACCAUUAUUAACAGUGAUCUUCCUAGUGGGGAAGGAUUAGCAGUUGAUUGGGUUGGCAGAAAGCUAUACUGGGUGGACUCCUAUAAGGACUGUAUCAUUGUUGCUGAGCUGGAUGGAAGAUUCAGGAAGAGGCUGGUUGACCGUUGUGUGGAUGUUAAUAAUACGUUCUGCUUUCAGCAUCCUAGAGCGAUCGUGGUACAUCCAAAGAAAGGACAUGUUUACUGGACAGACUGGGGAGACAAGCCAUAUAUUGCUAGAGCUGGCAUGGAUGGCAAGAACAAAACUGUUAUCAUCUCCACUAAGAUAGAAUGGCCUAAUGGACUCACUAUAGAUUACAGCAGUGACAAGCUCUACUGGGCCGACGCCCACUUGAACUACAUUGAAUACGCUGACUUGGAUGGCAGACACCGACAUGCUGUGUAUGAUGGCAAUUUACCUCAUCCGUUUGCCAUCACUGUCUUUGAAGAUACAUUAUAUUGGACUGACUGGAACACAAGAACAGUAGAGAAGGGAAAUAAAUACAAUGGGUCUGGGAGAACUAUGUUGGCCAAUACCACUCACAGGCCCUUUGAUAUACACGUCUACCAUCCGUACAGACAGCCCAUUUUGAAUAACCCCUGCGGCAGAAACAAUGGCGGCUGUUCCCACCUGUGCCUCAUUAAGGAUGGAGGACAAGGAUAUAGCUGCGAAUGUCCAGACAAUUUCCUGGCCAUGCAUUUCGGGAGUAUAGUCCGCUGCCUCCCAUCUUGCUCUAGCACCCAGUUUUUAUGUGCUGAUAGUGAGAGAUGUAUCCCUAUAUGGUGGAAGUGUGAUGGACAGCGAGAUUGCCGGGAUGGCUCAGAUGAGCCCCCUACCUGCCCUCAUCGGUAUUGCCGUGUAGGACAAUUCCAGUGCAGUGAUGGAAACUGUACAAGUUCUCACUUCUUGUGUAACACUCACCCAGACUGUCCAGACAACUCGGACGAGGAUACAAUACUUUGUGCUAAUCAUCAAUGCGAAGACCAUCAGUGGCAAUGUGCUAACAAACGCUGUAUCCCUGAGGCGUGGCAGUGUGACACAGAGGAUGACUGCGGGGACAACUCUGAUGAAGACAGCUCCCACUGUGCAUCUAGAACCUGUAAUCCCGGACAGUUCAAAUGCAACAACGGACGCUGCAUCCCACAGAGCUGGAAAUGUGACGUAGACGAUGACUGCGGCGAUCACUCAGAUGAGCCCAUUCAGGAAUGCAUGGGUCCUGCUCAUCGCUGUGACAAUCACACGGACUUUGACUGUAGAACAAACUACCGCUGCAUCCCACUGUGGGCUGUGUGCAAUGGUUAUGAUGACUGCCGAGAUAAUUCUGAUGAGCAAAACUGUGAACAAAGAACAUGUGAUCCGCUUGGGGAUUUUCGCUGUGAAAAUCAUCGCUGUAUUCCUCUGCGUUGGAAAUGUGAUGGUGACAAUGACUGUGGAGAUGGGUCUGAUGAGCGCAAUUGCAGCCCUCGGGAGUGCACAGAAAGUGAAUUCCGUUGUGAUAAUCGACAUUGUAUCCCCAGCCGCUGGGUCUGUGAUCACGACAAUGACUGUGAGGAUAACUCAGAUGAAAGAGACUGUGAGAUGAGAACGUGCCACCCCGGAUAUUUCCAGUGUAACAGCGGCCACUGUGUUGCUGAGCGAUUCCAGUGUGAUGGAACAGCAGACUGCCUCGAUUUCUCAGAUGAAAUAACCUGCCCAACGCGCUAUCCAAACGGUACAUACUGUGCCCCGUCCAUGUUUGAGUGUAAGAAUCAUAUCUGCAUCCUACCAUACUUCAGGUGCGAUGGCGAUAAUGACUGUGGGGAUGAUUCUGAUGAAGAGCUAAACCUUUGCUUGGACAUCCCUUGCGAUCCUCUGUUUCGAUUCCGAUGUGACAACAACCGCUGCAUCUACAGACAUGAGAUCUGCAACAAAGUGAAUGACUGUGGCGAUGGAAGCGAUGAGACAGAAGAACACUGCAGGCCACCCACUCCUAGACCAUGCAAAGAGGAGGAGUACAAGUGUGGCAACUCUUACUGCAUCCCUCAUCACUAUGUCUGUGAUAACUAUGAUGAUUGCGGGGACAGUUCUGAUGAAAUUGGGUGUUACAUAGGAUCUGGACGACACUGUGGUGAAAAUAUCUGUGAGCACAAUUGCACUGACUUAGCUGGUGGUGGAUUUAUUUGUUCCUGCCGACCAGGAUAUAAAGCCAGUGAAACUGAUCGAAAUUCCUGUAUUGAUAUUGAUGAGUGUGAAUUAUAUGGAACAUGUCCACAAGACUGUAAGAAUACCAAGGGAAGCUAUGAAUGCUUCUGCACUGAAGGAUUUCGAUCUGUUGGAGACCAAGAUGGAAAGCAGUGUGCCGCUGAUGGCAUCUCCCCGUUACUGCUGUUGCCGGACAGUGUGCGAAUAAGAAGAUACAACAUGUCAUCUGAAAUAUACUCUGAUUAUAUUGAAAAUCAGCAGCAUAUCCAGGCCCUGGAUUAUCACUGGGACCCUGAGGGAAUAGAUCUCAGUAUUAUAUACUACACCAUACGGGGACAAGGCUCUGUGUUUGGAUCCAUUAGGCGGGCUUAUAUACCAAUGUUUGAGGACAAUGGUAAUAAUAUGGUAAAGGAUGUCGAUCUGAACUUGCGGUACAUAAUGAAUCCGGAUGGCAUAGCUGUCGACUGGGUUGGAAGACAUAUUUAUUGGACUGAUGCCGGCACAAAUCGCAUAGAAGUAGCAAAGCUGGAUGGCCGAUACAGGAAGUGGCUCAUUUACACUCAAAUUGACCAGCCAGCAGCCAUUGCUCUUAAUCCAGAGUUUGGAAUUAUGUAUUGGGUAGACUGGGGUGCGCAGCCUAAGAUUGAGCAUGCUUGGAUGGAUGGACAGCAGAGACAGGUUCUAGUCUCAGAAGAUCUUGGUUGGCCAACUGGCAUCACAAUUGAUUAUAUCAACAACAACAGAAUUUACUGGAGUGACUCCAAGGAAAAUGUUAUUGAAUCAAUUAAACCUGAUGGUACAGACAGGCUGACCGUUGUAGGUGGAGACCUGGGCAACCCAUACAGCCUGGACGUGUUUGAAGGUCAUUUGUACUGGACAACCAAGGAGAAGGGGGAAGUGUGGAAAAUUGAUAAAUUUGGCACUGGGAAUAAGGUUAAGGUGUUAACAAUCAAUCCAUGGCUGACUCAAGUGCGGAUUUACCAUUCACAUCGUUACAACCGUACAGUUACCAAUCGCUGCAAAGAUAUCUGCUCCCACCUGUGUUUGCUGAGACCGGGAGGCUACACGUGUUCCUGUCCUCAGGGAGCCCGGUUCAUGGAGGGCAGUGUCUCGGAGUGUGACGCAGCUAUUGAAUCCCCUUCAACCAUGCCGCCAGCAUGCAGAUGUAUGCAUGGAGGAACAUGCUAUUUUGAUGAAAAGGGCCCUCCAAAAUGCAAGUGUGCACAAGGAUAUUAUGGGGACAACUGUAAUUUAGCUGGUCAAACGGGUCUACUUGCAGGAACAAGAGGAGUGGCUGUCCUUCUCACAGUGAUUCUUACCCUAAUUAUUUCUGCACUGGUGCUUGGAGGACUCUUCAACUACAGACGGACAGGAAAACUUUUACCGCCUCUUCCAAAAUUCCCAAGUUUAAGCGGGCUGGUGAAAUCAACAGAAAACGGCAAUGGAGUAACGUUUCGGUCUGGGGCCGAUGUCAGUAUGGAUAUUGGUGUGUCUGGGUUUGGCACAGAGUCUUCUAUAGAUAAAGUGAUGCAGAUGAAUGAGACUUUCUCUCUGGAUGCUGGGAAAGAGCCAUUUGUAUAUGAGAAUCCAAUGUAUUCAAACACGAGGGACAGUGGUGUCAGCGCUGUGAAAGUCAGUCAGCCACCAGAUAAAGAGACCUUCACUCUGGAUGCUGGAAAAGAGCCAAUGGUGUAUGAGAAUCCAAUGUAUUCAAGCUCCAGGGAAACUGAUGUCAGCAUUGUGAAUAUCAGUCAGCCCCCAGAUGUGACCGAAUCCAGCAAAGGACAAAAAUCAGAUGAUUUUGAAAACCCCUUGUAUGCAGUUGAUGCUACCCAGUCUUCAGCAAGCACAGAAACAGUUCAGCAGGAAUCAAAGUGGAAUUUCUUUAAGAGGAAGAUUAAACAAAGCACAAACUUUGAGAAUCCCAUCUAUGCAGAGAUGGAAGAAGAACAACACAAGGCUGAAGAAGACCCGUCUCCUUUCGCACCGCCUCCACCCGCCAAGCCAUCACAGAAAAAGGAGCCACAACAGACAUCCUUCUCCCCAAGGGAGGACACCUUUAUAGACACUGCCAAUCUCGUCAAAGAAGAUUCAGAUGUAUAACUGAUUCUAAUAACUAGGAAUACUUAAAUAUCAUACACUUUCUUGCACAUAUUUUUAUAUUGGCCAAGAACUUUCAGCUCGUUAUAAAAUAUAUCGUUUUUAGACAAUAGGUCAGAUGUUUUGCCUUUUUUUUUUUUUUUUUGAGAAAUGCCAAUUCAUAUUUUUAUGAACAAUUAUCACAAUGUACUAUAUGUAUAUCUUUGCACUGAUACUGUCAGAAAAUAAUAUUAUAAAUAUUGUGUAUAUUUGUAAAUUUUUAAAAGGAAGAUUAUUGUUGUCUAUGUAAAAACGUUUGGGUAUAGUAGAAGUAACUAUAGUCAAUUUAGAAAUUUUUAAAACAGGACAAAAAACACUAAUAUGUACAGAGACCUCAUUUAACAUCUCAUUUUUUAAAUAAGACUGUACAGAUGUUUAUAAAAAUUGCUAUUCAGAAAAAUACCUUUAUGUAGCUACUUGGAAUAUAUAUGUGUAUUCGCUCAAUUGCAUAUAUUUUCUGCCACCUGUUUCUAGAAGAAGAAGUAUUACUUUUAGGCUACUUACUAUGCAAAACUUGAAACAAUCAGUUGUCAAUGAAAAAGUAAUUAAAAUGUUAUUAAUUAAAA